CCAGCUUGAUGUUUGGCAUGAACAACCCAGCUCUAUGAAAAGUUUUUAGUCAUAACCACUUUUUCACCAUGCUCAUGUCACUUGAGCAUCAGCUAAGGCUGGGUGUUUUCCUGUCAGAAGAUGAAGCUGAGGAGGAUGAAGGAUCAGUGAUGCAGCUGGCACUCACAUCUGUAUACACCCUCCUGUACUGUCUUCUGUUCUUCUUCAUCUACUGCCAGCUCUGGCUCAUCCUGCACUAUGGGCACAAGCGCCUGAGCUACAGGAGUGUGUUCCUGAUCCUCUGUCUGGUGUGGUCGGCCCUCAGGACCACUCUGUUCUCCUUCUACUUUAACGACAUGACCCAGGCCAGUCAGCUGCAGCCCCUGCCAUUCUGGCUGCUCUACUGUUUUCCAGUGUGUCUGCAGUUCUGCACCCUUUGCCUGCUCAACCUUUACUUUGCACAGAUGAUGUGUAAAGCCAAAGCUAAAUACUCGCCAGAACUCAGCAAAUACAAGACGCCACUGAAGUUGGUCUUCCUGUUCAUCAGCUUCCUCUUCCUGGUGGUGAACGUGAGCUGCUCCCUGGUGGUUCACGCUCAGACCAGCAUGGACUCCAGCCGGGCGAAGCGUGUGGUCCUAGCGCGGGUGCUGGUUAACGAUAGUCUGUUUGUGCUUUGCGCCGUCUCGCUCGCCACCUGCAUCUGCAAACUCGCCAGGCUGUCGUCGGCCAGCGCGUACCUGGAAUCAAAGGGGACGACCGUGUGCCAGGCGACAGCCACGGGCGCGGCGGUGGUGCUGCUCUACACGUCGAGAGCUUGUUAUAACCUGGUCAUGGUGGCCGUGUCCCCGAAAGACCGAGCCGCUCCGUUCAGCUACGGCUGGUUCAGCUUCUCCGAUCAGGCUGAUGUAGAGAGGAUCAGUGGGAAGGCCUACGUGGUGUUUGGGGUGGUUGUGUUUUUUUGGGAGUUCGUCCCCACCGCCCUCCUCGUGAUGUUUUUCCGAGUUCAGCGACCCAAUCAGAACCUGGCACCAAGAGGGAUGAUCCACAGUCACAGUUUUAACUCCAGGUCGUAUUUCUUCGACAACCCGCGGCGCUACGACAGCGACGACGACCUGACCCGAAGCGUCGGCUCCAGAGGAGACCGGGGCAGCAUCAGCGUUCGUUCCUCUACGUCUCAGCUGAGCUCCGGUUGGUACGGGUCCAUCCAGAAGUCCGGCAGCACCGGGUACGCCGGCUCCUGCGGCCCGCAUUCGUACUCCGGGGUCCGAACCUCCAGCGCCCCUCUGUUCCUGCCCUGCGGGGGCGCCCAGAGGAGCCAGCAUUACGGGUUCUGCUCCGCCCCGCAGGAGUGCCGCAGCGCCCCUCAGGUCUGACGGGGCGCCAUGGAGACGCCGGUCGUUCCGCGUUUAUGGUCCUCAGAUGGACUCGGAUACCGAAAGGUCUUUUGGACCGGACGUUCGGCCCCGAGCGACUUUAGAUGUUCACGGUGAUCAGAUUAUUAAUGCAGCUUUUUUAUCUGUGACUGAAUGAUGCCGGGUCGUAAAUAUACACACGCCAACGUAAAUCAAUGUGGUGGUAUGAAAGUAAUCGGUGGGGAUUAUCAUCUACGUCUGGCAACUCCGUGCUCAAAUAAAUAGGACUGAUCGGCUACCGUGUGCCCAGGGAUUCCAGGGACCCACCGUGACCCUGACCAGGGUAAAGCGCCGCACCGUGUACAGAGUCACUCCGCUCUUCAGACAGCAGGAGUCGCUGUUGCAGCACUUAUAGCGCACCGACAAGUGCACCUCACAACAGCAGCUCUUUUUCCUGGUCAGGGUCACGGUGGGUCCCUAGAAUCCCUAAGCACAAGGUAGCCAAUCGAAACGCCAAUCCAUCCCUAUACUCAGACAUGGCCAUUAGUGUGUGUGUGCAGCACUGGUGAGGGUUCGAACCCGGGACCCCAGCUUAAGCGGGCUAGCGUGAUUUACCGCCACGCCACCCGAGCGCCCUGGAAAUGAAAUCUGAUUGGCUGUAAAUGGUUAAAUAGAAAACUGAGUCAAAUUUAUUGGCACACCUGAAUUUUACAUAAUUAUUUCUGGAGACUCUUGAUGUCUGAAGGUUCUCCGAGGGUUCUCAUGGAUGUUCUUGUACUUUUCCUUUGAUGUUUGAGGAGCCGCCCGUUCAUCUCCUUAACCGAAGCACAGAGGAACGGUAACUGGAGGUCCGGGGACAGACUGGUACCAGUAUGGGUGUGAACUUUCUUUAUUGGUUGAGCUUUGUUAGCAGGUUCUUGAAGUUCUUCAGUUCUCUGAUGCUCGUAGAGACUCUGGAACAGAACAUAUGGACAAAAGUAUUGGGACGCCCAUGUGUUUCGGUCACAACAGUCGCUAACAGGUGUAAUAAAUCGAUUAUAUAAAGUAAA